UAGACCAUUAGCUCACCUUUGAUUAAUAGCUUUAAAUCAUGGUAGCCGUUGCUAACCGCUUUUCAGUAUUCCCAUGCUUGUUCUCAAACUCAACUUCCUCUGUAGGCGGAUUUCCUUUUCUCUACCAUCCAGGUUCGGCUUUCAUUCCUCAUCAACGUCAAUACAAUCAAACUACCUGAACCGCCAGCUCGAUCUCUUCCUCUCCAACCCAAUCCCGGAUUUGGAGUCUCUUCUUCAAACUCACGCUUUCAUCUACACAAGUGGUCAUUCCAACAACAUCUUCUUUGCAGCAAAGCUCAUUUAUCUGUAUUCCUCCUUUAAUAAACCUUGUUUUGGCGCUCAGGUUUUUGAAUCAAUCCAUCCCAAAGAUACCUUCCUCUGGAACUCCAUCAUCAAAUCCUACUUUUCCAAUGGAGAGUACUCACAAGCCCUUAAGCUCUAUGGCCAGAUGGUUGUCUCGGAUGCCGCUCCAAACCAUUUCACCAUCCCAAUGGCUGUUGCUGCUUGCGCCGAACUUGACUCCGUCCCACGCGGCAAGAACAUACAUGGCCUCACGUUAAAGCUCGGCCUCUUUGCCGGUAAUCCUGCUGCCGGAUCUUCUUUCGUUUAUAUGUAUUCGAAGUGCGGUGAAAUGGUAGAUGCCUCUCUGAUGUUCGAUGAAAUGCCGCUUAGAGACGUAGUUGGUUGGACUGCUCUUGUUAUUGGUUAUGUGCAGAACGAUGAUUGUGAGAAGGGUUUGUUUCGCCUUAAAGAGAUGCUCAUGAUUGGCGAAGAUGGGGUGAAACCCAAUUGGAGAACAAUUGAAGGUGGCUUACAAGCUUGUGGGAAGUUGGGUGCCUUGUUAGAAGGUAGAUGCUUACAUUGUUAUGCUCUGAAAACAGGAAUUGUGUCUUCCCAAGUCGUCGAGUCAACAUUGUUGUGUAUGUAUUCCAAAUGUGGGGCCAAUGAAGAAGCUUUUCUUGCAUUCUCAGAGGUCCCUGAUAAAGAUCUUAUUUCCUGGACUGCGAUUAUUAGUGCAUAUGCAAAAAGAGGGAAUAUUUCUGAAUGCGUGGAUUUGUUCUGGGAAAUGCAGGCUGCAGAUAUUGAUCCCGAUGGAAUUGUUAUCAGUAGUAUGCUUUCAGGUUUUGGGAAUUCCAUGAAGAUACAUGCAGGAAAGGCCUUUCAUGGACUUAUUGUGAAAAGAAAUUUUGAAUUGGACCAUAUGAUUAAUCAUUCCCUGCUGUCAAUGUACUGUAAGUUUGGGUGUGUAUAUACUGCAGAAAGGCUCUUCGCCAUGGUGUGUCAGCAGGACUCAGAAUCCUGGAACUGGAUGGUUUUUGGGUAUAAUAGAAUGGAGUUGACUUCGAAGUGCUUAGAACUGUUUAGAGAAAUGCAACAUCUAGGUUUCAGAUCUAAUUUAAACAGUCUGGUUUCCGUGAUUUCUUCAUGUUCAAAAUUAGGAGCAACACUUCUAGGCCGGUCUGUGCAUUGUUAUGUGAUUAAAGUUCAUAUUGAUGAAGAUGUUUCAAUUGCAAGUUCACUUGUGGAUAUGUAUGGCAAGUUCAGAAACCUAAAUACUGCACAGAACAUAUUUUGUAGAACUUCUAGAGAUAUUAUCACUUGGAAUACACUGAUCUCAGCUUAUACUCGUAAUGGACAUUCUAGUGAGGCUGUAGCCCUGUUUGAUAUGAUGAUUUUUGAAGACCUGAAACCCAAUUUGGCAACCUUGGUGACAGUUCUUUCGGCUUGUGCUCAUCUAGGAGCUCUGGAGCAUGGAGAAAGGGUGCACGGUUACAUCAAAGAAAGAGGAUUCGAAUGCGAUCUCUGUCUUUGUACUGCAUUAGUUGACAUGUAUGCAAAAUGUGGGCAACUGGCAAUAUCAAGAGAGGUUUUCAAUGCUAUGACUGAAAGGGAUGUUAUAUCAUGGAAUGUUAUCAUCUCCGGUUAUGGAAUUCAUGGGGAAGCUAAGUCUGCAAUCGAGAUCUUCCAGCAAAUGGAGGAAUCAGGUGUUGAGCCAAAUGAACUUACCUUUCUUGCUGUUCUCUCAGCCUGUGCUCAUGCAGGCCUGGUUGAAGAAGGGAAGUAUAUAUUUGGUAGGAUGAGGGAUUGUGGUGUGCUUCCCACUUUAAAACACUAUGCGUGUAUUGUGGAUCUUCUUGGCCGGUCAGGAAAUCUCUGUGAAGCUGAAUCCAUAGUUCUGUCAAUGCCUAUUCUUCCUGAUGGGGGUGUGUGGGGAGCUCUUCUUAGUGCUUGUAUAAUUCAUAAUAAUUUGGAGAUGGGAGAGCGGAUAGCCAAGAGGGCUAUUGAGUUGGACCCUGAAAAUGAUGGUUACUAUAUUCUGAUCUCCAACAUGUAUAAUUCUACUGGGAGGUGGGAGGAUGCGGAGAGGGUGAGAGAGAUGAUGAAAAGUAGGGGUGUGAGGAAGAGAGCUGGCUGGAGUGCAAUGUAACUCUAUAAAGUUAUUUAUUCCAUUUAUUUUAUUGUUUAAUGCUGGGCUGUUUUAUCUUGGGGGCCGAUUCACAUAUAUACUCGGUUGCAUCAUAUGGGCAUCUAUGGUCUUGAGGAUAAUUAUCAAUGGUAUAACUCAGCCUCACCAUUUCUUUGAAUUCUUAAUUUUCAGGUUCAUGAUGCCAUUUAUGGUGUUCUUAUUUAUCGACAUUCUCUGCGGGUUGUCUGUGGUACAGAUAAGUUUUCCUCCCCCUUAUCUAUUUUUUGGAAUGUUUCCAAUAGUUCAUUUUCCAUAUAAAGCAUGAGAUUGCUCCAACUUUUGAAAACCAAAUGAGAGGCGCUUAUGAUGUCCAAGGACAGGUUUUGGAAUCUUGUAACUUGUUUUCUUAAAGCUGGUUUUUUUUUAAAUCUUGUCUUUAAAUACACUUAUACCCGAGACAGACUUG